AUGGAAGCGCGGGAUUUGUCAAGGAGCGGGAAGGAGGGGCAGGGGGACGACGACGAAGGGGUGCUGGUGGCGACGUACGGGAUGGCUAAGGAUGCAGCGGUUUUGUUCGAGGGCGGGCUCUUCGCGGAGUGCGUCGAGGUGUUGAAUCAGAUUCUGGAGAAGAAGGAGGGAGAUCCGAAGGUGCCGCCGUAUCUCUCUCUUCUUCAAGUCUCUAUCUGAUUGAGUUGCGGUGAACUAUUUCAAUGACUCAGGUUUUCGGCCGCUCAGUUGAAUUUGAUUAAGUUCAUCAUUCUUAUUUCAGUUUCUGAAAAUCCGGUUAAUUUAAAGUACCUUUGUGGAAUUUUAUUGUGAUCGGAUUAUCGCCUUACCUGUCGAGAUUUCUGUCCUGGGUACACUUCCUUCUGGUUUUUCUUUCUGAAUGUAGUUAAUUGGCGACUGGUGAUCCUGUAUUGGCCUCGUCUAGUGAAAUGCACCAUCACGUAUUCCGUGUGAAGAAAGCUUCUACGCAUAGACCAUUCAAAUAGAGGGAAAAGAAAACUACUGUUGGACAUGCGGAUGGGGCAUUUUUUUCGAGGCGUCAGGCCUGUUCUGGGUGUUAAAAAACUUUUUGUUGACAUUAUAGUUUGUUCAGGUUUUGAUUCCGGUCCUUUUAUUAAGUUAAUAUUAAAAAAAUGAGGCUAGAAAUCAUUUUAGUACCAGAAGGAGAAAAACAACUCUUUUGUGGUCCUUAAUGUCUGUUUAGGUUAUUACUGCGUACUGUAGGUCUUCAAAGAGGAUUAAAUUGUAACAUCGUGGCUGCAGCUUAGAAAGUCCAGAAUAAUCAUGUGCUAGAAGCAGAAUUCGUCACCAGUUCCUUGAAAUAACACACCUUAAAAACGCGCUACGUAUAAAAUGGAGAAAAUGGACAGGAUUUGUUCUUUAAAAUUUAUAACAUUUUAUCUGGAAGUGCCUCCCUUUGGCUGAAAGGUUUCCCUUCCCUUUAAACUGUUAAUUCGAAUUACAUUUGGUCCGUUGGUUGGUGUCAAAACCAUAAGAACUAGAAUGAAUGCCUGAAGUUGGAGAGCAGUGUUAUGAUGGAUUUAAGACGUGAUUAAGAGCAGUUUACAGUCCUGGAUACUCUUUCAGCUGAUUAUUCUCCCUUUCAAAACUGUUAUUGCACGGAGUCACCUGUAGAUUGGCCCAUCAUCUUUCAGCUGUCAGGCUGUGCAGACACGGAGGAUGGUGCCUCAUAAUCCUUCGUGUCACUGUCUAAUGACUUGAGCCGCUGCAAAUCCCCUAUCCUUUUGGACGCCCACCAUUCACCACUGAAUGAGAGCUAUAUUUGAAAUCAUUUUCAUCAGGAGAAAAAAAACAGGAUUAUUAUGUCAGAAAUAGGGCUUAUACUCGGGAUGGUUCAAGUUGGCUGGAGAAGGGAAGUAAAUUGAAAGGAGAAAUCAAUGAGAAAGGGUUUUUUUUGUAACAGAAGCAUCUUUCAGGAGGAUUAAGGGUCUUACUGUAGAGAGGCUUGACAAGUGAAUGUUGUCCAGGUUAGCCUUUUAAGAAUUAAAGGCUUGUGUCUGGAAAGAGAGAGAAUUUCUUCAUUGAGGCUUCCGUGAAGUUUGGGUUGGAUUUGCUUGGGUGUAGAUGGGUAGCUAGUAUUCUCUUGGGGUUUUGAGGCUGUGUUGAUUUCUGUGAAGUUCAAAAGGUGGGAGGUCUCCUUGACUUCAUGUGUGGUUACUUUAUUAUUUUAACAAGAUUUGGCAUUCACCACAUUAUAAAUACAUGAAAACCAAAUAUGGGUGAGUAUUUUAUCGUACAGUAUGAAAAUAUUUUUCUUUUCCUUCUAGUUUACAUACAUUAUCAAAAAACUAAGUUGGAGGGUGAUGAGUAAGGUUGAUAGCGUAAAUUACCAUGACAUUUGCAUUUCUAUCUGCUUCACAGGUUACACUUUCUUUUUGAAACUGUAUGCUCUCAAAAUUCGGUGCCAUAAGAAAAGAAAGAAUCUUGUUACACGUUCCAGUUUUUAACUUUUUCUUACGUUAUAUCAUAAAUCAUCUUCUCACUAUCUGGUAAAAAUUAACCAGUGAAUGAUUGCUGGAUUUGACGGGUGAUUAGAGUGAUGACAUGGAAUGUGGGGAAAUUGAAUCUGGGGUGAUAUCAAUUUACCUUUUCCAGAGUAUACGAGCGAUCACAUCACCAGUCACUACUCUUGUAGAAAUAUCUUUAGUUUGUGCAGAGAAAUAAGAGACUAUGGGGUAUAUUCGCUCACAGAUGGUUACAUAUUUUUGGCCUUUUAAAAAAAAUUAAAGAAAUGGCUUAGGAGCUUACCUGAUGGUAAGUAAAGCUUUUCUAUCUUUAAGCCUUGGCCAUCAGAGCCAACGGUGAUAUUCGACUUAUACUUACCUCAUUAAGAUAAAAGGCUAAUGCUUGCGAAGGUCUGAUGGGUAGUAUUUUUUCUAUUGUGCAUCAAAAGAAAUAAAGAACGGAUUUUAUAGACGGUGGAUCACCUUGAAGGGGUAUCUCCAAUACAUUGAACUAUUCAAAAAACAGUCCAUGAUUUGGUCUUGGAGUAUGGGAUAUUUGCAAGUCAUUUUUGAAGAUCAUCUAUUGGUUCUUGAUUUUUACAUAGUAGACAAGAAACGAACUCUGUGUGAGAGUGAAAUAUGUCAUUGUUGUCUUCUACAGUUAGGCCAUACACGACUAAGAAAAAUGUGAUAAAUAAGGGAAAGAUGGAUGCUUUGAUGUUUUUGUUGUCAAAUAGGUAGUAAGGUGGAUGCAAGAUGGAUAUAAAAUAAAAGAAACUUGAUGGGUAUGCUUUUCUUGAUUUACAUAGCCAUGAAUAGUGUUUCCUCAAGUUAUGUUAUCAAAAUAAUUGAUGGUAGUUUCUUUGUGGCUUGUUGGAUGACCCAACGGUAAUUAUGGUUUCUUGUUCAGCAGGGCCAUGUCAAUCAAUUAUAGACCCUAGGACGCAAUUCACUGAAUCACUCAAGUAAUGGGAUGGCAGGGAUCAAGCGCUGGAUGAUUAAUGGGUUUCUUUUGAUCAAAGUUCAGUCUUUAGACGAUCCCAAAAGGUUAUUGAAGUUUAAUGAGGCAUUUUUCUCUUUAAUCCUGUAGGGGAAGUUUCAUUAAUCGUUAUUUGCUCAAAGCUCUACGUCUGGGAUUCAACAAUGGGAAAACUUCAUUAUUAAUAACUCUUUUAUCAGUAUUGGGUCUAAUAAAAAUGACGCCCAUUUUUCUUCCUGAUUUGACUGGUGUGAAAUUUCAUUUUCAUUGUUAUACUUUCUUGCUCUCGUGUAAAUGGGCACUGAUAGCGGUCAUUACCAAAACAUGUGCACUAGUUCCCUGGAUAAUUUUUUUUGUUGAAGUGAAAUUGUGAUUUUUUUCUGAGCAUUUGUCAUUGUUGACGCUAUGAAAUUAUUUCAGGUUCUUCAUAAUAUUGCCAUUGCAGAAUAUUUUCGUGAUGGCUGUUUGGAUCCUAGAAAAUUACUUGAAUUGCUUAACAAAGUUAAGGUAACUAUUGUCUCGUGCUUGAUAGUUUUUAUUCUGUCUGUUAACAGGUCAUACCGGUGAACAGCCUACUGUUUAAUGUAUUUUUUUUCUUUUCUCGAUUACUAUCUAAAUGUAACCGUUUGACUGAUAUUGUAUGGAACAUUAGUUCUGGGCUACUGAUUAUCUAUCUCAAAUUAGUAGAACAGUUUGCAUUUAUGUAUAGUACAUUUUGGGCAACCUGCUGAUUUGACAAUCACAUGUGAUAUGUCCGAAAGCAUGAAAACCUUCCAUUGUGUGGCCAUUUAUAUUCACUCCAAAAAAGCGAUAGCUUUUUUGUCUUCCAAGUGUGAGACAAUGCACCUGUUGUAGAUAUCUUACAUUUGUCUUAGUUACCUACCAUAGAGUGUCAAAUAUGUGCGUUUUCUGAUAGAGUGCAAUACAAUACGUAAAGCCAUUUAUUCAUUAUAAAUUGUUAUGAAAAGGAACUUUUUUCUGGUAAUUUCCUAUCAGCAUGUAUCUUAUAUCCACAAUUUUUAUUCUUGAGCUAAGAAUACUAGACAUAUAUGUACUUAAAUAUCAGCAUUACCUGAGAGCUUGACAUAACAUCUGUGGUAGGCUUGAAUUAAUGGUUCUAAGUGAGAUCUGGAUUAUGCACUAUUAUAUCUGUCUGGAUGGAAUUUUCCCCAGGAAACAUUUGUUUCCCGUCGGAUCCAAUUUUUGUCAUUUCUAAAUACUUUCUGGCUCAAAUAUACUUUUUUGAGUAUGAAAUCAAUGAACCCGAUCAAUUAAUUCAACUGUGAUGGCAAAUGUACAUGAUCCCCUUCAUUGGAUUCUCUACAUUUUUUAAGCUAUCUGAUUAUCGACCCAUUUUCAGCAUACGUUUGUAAUUCGUUUCCUAUUCAUCAGCUUUCCUUCACAAACACUUAGCUGAGAGCACAAUAUUUUAUCGUUAGUACAAUUAACGUUAUCUAACAUUUGAUAGCAAAUAUGUCCUUUUACCCAAUUCUGCACUAUUGUUCAUGGUUGAAGAUUCUGUGGACUCUUUUCUAGUUCUCCAUUUAUUAAUUUUUUCACAAAUAUGUACGAAAUAUCUUCAAUUUAUUAUGAUUUUUAUGCUAUCUUUGUUGCCUUACCACCUAAGGAUAAAACUGAAUCAGUUCUCUCUGUGGACUGUUGUUCUUGUUAUGCAAAACAAUAAUAGAAGAGGAGUGAAGAUCUUGCUCACGCAUCUAGAGAGGACGUGGAAGUUGCAAGUAGUCCCACAAACAAUGAAAUUUCAGAGUUUAAAGGCAGUGGAGUUAUGGGUGAUCAACUUUCGUCUGCCAGGGCCAGCAGUACUCCAUUUGCAGAUAUUUUUGAUGCUUCAAUAAUAACCUUUAACACUGUAAGCCAAAAGAUUAUUACUGUUGUUUUGUUGAUAUGAUCCUGAAAAUUUUCCAAUUUGGUCAGUUACUAAACUUCAGUUCCAUGUAGGCUGUUGUCCUUUACCAUUUACAUGAUUAUGCACAUGCCUUGUCAUUGUUGGAGCCACUCUAUGAUAGAUUACAUCCUGUAGAUGAGGUACGUUCUGUGGCUCUAUUUUUUCCAUAGUAAUUUGCGGUUGUUUCUUCUACAAUUUCAUAAAUAUGUUCUUUCAUCUGCAGACGACUGCUCUUCAUGUUUGCUUUCUGCUAAUAAAUAUUGCUUUGGCUUCCAAUGACGCUACGAGGGCUGCAGUAUGUUCAAUUCUUUAAUUAUUCUAAUAUUGAUUUCAUUAAUUUACAUAGUAAUUCCAGUAUUUGUCUCAUUUCGGUUUUCAAUUCAAUGUAUAAUGAAAUAUAACUGGAGGCUCCAUUUUAAGACAAGAAUUUGAUAUCAUGGGGAUCAGGUGUUUGGUGGAAAGAUAUUUUGAUUUAUCUUUUUCUGGUUUUAUUACUUUUCACAGAAUAUUGAUAGAAGCCAUCUUCUAGUUGUUCAGAAAACGAGAGGAAUUCUUUGCUUGCUUUAUGGCUUGUUGUCCAUCGCAUGUUGUCAGAGGUCAUCUUUUAUUCUUGUAUAAGAAUGCCUAGCGAGGGUCCCAAUGGCGCAUUGCCUACCUGCCAACACUUUAAGUUGUGAGUUAACUAAGGGAUGCCAUCAAAUCAUAGGUUUUUUGGUAUAAGUUUCUUUCUUGGAAGUACGUUUUUGUAUCUUUGGUUCAGUGGGAUAAUAGGAAAUGCCCAUCCUACAGUGUAUUCUGAAUUAUUUUAAUUUAAUUAGUAAUGGGUCAUAAAGGUCGAGAUUCUCUAAAGAGGAAGAUAGUACUGCGGCAAAUAUCAUAUUUUUGUUUAUGAUUUUUACCUAGACAUUCUGGCUUUCACAAGGAAGAGAUCGCCUAUUUAUACUUUAUUAAAUUUUCCUGUUAUUGUUUUUUAUUUCUUGUCUGCCUCUGUUUGCUAGUUUGCCUGCUAGUAGCCACUGAAUAGCUAGCCACUGAAUAGGCACCUAUAGUCCGUUGACAGAGUACACUGAUAAGGCAGGGACGGUUUUUGGAUAAAGUGAGUGUGGAGGGACACUGAGGAUCAGACGAUCUCGUAGGGCCACCUGCUUGUCUGGUUCCCUACCUGUCGCUAUGGAGAAUGUCUAUUGAUCACCCUAGAUGGUCUAUACAAAUGGUAGCAAACAUUGAUUUGUUGAAGAUGAGAAUUGCCAUUAUUGAAUGCAGAGCGCUGACUGUCUGAUGCAGGAUGAUUGGAGAUUUUUCCUGCAGUUUUCCAUCAGAUUUUGAGAUUAUGAAAGGAAUUAAUGGUUCAGAAGUUGAGGGUCAUACUCACUGUAGUCAGAAUAAAAGUAGAUAAAAGAGCCCAGAUCUCACCUAAACAAUACAAGGAUAAACAGUCAGGAAAAACCUCUCAUCCUUCAAAUCAUAGAACAAUUGCUGGUUACAUAUAAUUGCCCUGGUGACGAAAAAGAGGAAACAACCUAAGUCAAUGAAGCUCAUUAACAAAGAAACUGUCCAACUAGGAAACUGACCAACAGAAGCUAACUCGUAAUUACACGUUUUCCCGACAAGAUCUCUUCUCAAAUGGAUUCAUGGUGAAUUUAUGCUUCUACUUCUGGAUUUCCUUUAUGCGGGAGAAUCAUCAUGUUCCCUUUUGAGCCCAAGGUCAAACUGAGUGAAGAGUUGCAAGGGAUGCUUGUGGGCAGCAGUAACUGUUACUAGGAAAAAAAAAAGUGUCGAAAUACAUGGCUAAGUUAUACAGUACUAAUUUGGAGAGAGACCCCAUAAAAACAACUAACUCUAUUUUGCCCUUUAAAGAUCCCAUCAGUGUUACCAACAUUAAGAUUGUUUACUACCGGAUGGAGGUGACCUAAUGUUUAUUAAGAAGCUCAGGUUGUAUACAUCCACAUUGUCCAUUAUUGAACUAUUUGCAUUUGUGAUCCCUUUUGUGUGACCUCAUUUUAUGAGAAGUUACCCUUCAGUUCUGAUACACAUUCCAGUAAUACCAAUAUUGUUCUCAAAAUGUUGAACACCUUUUCCUUGAGUGCCUACUUUAAGAAGUAUUGUGUUGCUGACGUGUCAGCAACUUUGAAAGGUGAUAUUUCAUGUGAAAAUUAAACUGUGAGUGUUGGAUUAGUUAUCCUAAACUUGUUAGCUUUUCUGAUGCUCUCUUACACAUUCAUCUAAGUUUUCGAGUCAUUGAUAAAAAAGGCAGCAUUAACUUCAUGACAGGAUAAUACUUUCUUCUGAUGAGUACUCUUGGAAGGCUAAUUUAUUUUAUCAUGUAGUACGGCUAAGAAGUUGUCUGUUGAUGUGCCGCUGUAUACUCGGCCCAUAGCUGUUUGAAUCCUAGGGGAAGCAAUUUUCUGCCAUUGUGUCCCCUGGCGACCUCAUCAUAAAAAAUGUUAUAUUUAGACUGCAUUUCCUAUUUUGGAUCAUUAUUUUUGGUAGGAAAGAGGUGAAGAAUUUAAAUAUCUACCUCUUACAUCAUUUGAACAGUAAUGGUGAUGAGACUUUUGGAACUAAUUGCCAAACAGUGAUGAAUUGCUUCCAUUUGACCAACUUGAGAACGAACGGUCACGACAAUUGUCAACAUUCUAAGAACCCAGGGGAAGGACGAAAAGGGAGGUAUUGCAUCGAAGAUCACUCAUUUAGGUUGUGACGUGAGCCAUGCCACAUGGGGCGCUGAGCUCUAGCGUUAUGCUAGUUCCGGGUCAGCCUUUCCAAUGGUCACUGCCUCCCAUUUCCAUUGAAAAGAAAUAAUAGAAAUGGAAGAAUAAUUUUAGUUUUCUGCGUCAUGCAGGGUAAAUGGGAGAGAUACGGAUGUUUUGGGGAAUUUUAUACGUUUAUGGAAUGCCUAUUGCACCAUGUGCUACUAGAUUUUUCCCAUCUAAAUAUUAUUUUUAACUAAAACUGUCUUGUUUUUUAAAAUCAUUCAAGACUAUCAAUUUGAGCAAGAACUCUUUAAUCUGACUCUAUUCUCAGGUUAUGUGUUGGAUGCGUGGUCUGAACUGAUACAUUCUGGUUAUAUCGGUGAUUGCCCUCAAAAUAAAUCUUCAGUUUCAAUAAAUAUUGGUGUGGUUUGGUGACACAAAAGUAUUGAAUGAGAAAAAAUGGUUCCCCAUGAAACCGACUGAAUUGGAUCAAAAUAGCCAGAGGAUCUCAGGGGUGGAUGUCUGUGGACUCAACUGACUAAAGGAUUUGUGCUCCAGAUUUUUAAUAUUUUAGGGGAGCCAAUUUGAAAAUCAGAGAUUAUGGAGACCCCGGAACCUGAAUCUGUAGAAAACCCUGGAAAAACGUGCUCAGCUGGUAGGGGGCUUCCAGCUGCAUGGAGAGGUUUGAGGAUGUGUCGGCAGGCUUUUACAUAGUCUCUCUCUGCAGAAAUGUCCCCUUCUUUAAACAUUUUUAUUUAGAAAUCUCAGGAUGGGUCGGCGUACGGAAAUGUCCUCUUUUUUUUUUUUGAGAUGAAUCGACAGAAAAUAAGGGUUCAUCAGCUUGAGCUUCUUUGUAGAAAUUUCCCUUCAAAGCAUCUGUUCCGCGAUCUUAGGAUGUGAUCAUGUGCAUGGAGAACGAUUUUCUGUGUGUUUAUCAGCUUUAACUUCGUCCCAGAAAUUUCCCUUAGAAAGUAUCGAUUUUGUGAUCUCAGGACGUGAUCCAGUACGUGGAGCGGUCUUUUGGCGUCGGCUUCCUCCCAAAUCAGGGGGAUAAUGGCGGCAUCCAGGCUCAUUCCCAACCGCUGAGGGGCUCCCCUGCUCCUCCCCUCGUACAAGUCGCCGCCGAUUCCUCCCCCGCCGCCGCCGCCGCCGCGGAUCCCUCCGCCGGCGCAAAUGCCCCAGAAACCACCUCCGAGAGGGCCCUUCUAGACGACUCCAUCGAGUACGAAACCCUGUUCUCCACUUUGAACCGCGCCGGCGAGCUCUCGAGGGCACCGCCGGCCGAGUGGCCUGCCGCCACCGUAGAUCUGAGGCUGAAGCUCCACCUCCUCAAGGUCCAGCUCCUGCUCCUCACCCGGAACCUCAAGGCCGUAAAGCGGGAGGUCAAGCAGAUCAUGAAUGUCGCCCGGGGGAGGGACCUGUCCAUGGCCCUGCUUCUCAAGUCUCAGCUGGAGUACGUCCGGGGGAACCACCGCAAGGCCAUCAAGCUCCUGCAGACCGCCGGCGGCAGGGCGGAGCCGGGCCUGGCCGCCGCGCUCAACAACAACCUCGCCUGCAUCUAUAGCAAGCUGGAGAAGCACCAUUCCGCCGUAGCCCUCCUCGGGGUGGCCCUCCGGGGAGAGGAGGCCCCUCCUCUGAAGCAGCUCUUCGCCCUCUCGCAGAACAGGCCCCACCACGUCCUCUACAACUGUGGCCUGCAGCACCUGACCUGCGGGAAGCCCCUUACGGCGGCCCGCUGCCUCCGCGCCGCCAGCCGGGGCUUCGGCGGGCGGCGGCCGCUGCUCUGGCUCCGGCUUGCCGAAUGUUUCCUGCUGGCCCGGGAGAAGGACGAGCGGGCGGUGGAGCUCCAGGUUGUCGGCUCGGGAAAGUGGCGACAGCUCGCGGUGAACCCUAGUUGCCGGCGGGAGAACCCCGAUUCCUCCCCCGACGGCGGCGGCGACGACGACUGCCGGUGGAUGCUCUCCGCCGCCUUCGCCCGUCAGUGCCUGCUGAAUGCCCUGCACCUGCUGGAAGAGGCUCCGUCGCCGGAGAGCUCAAGCACCAACGGGGAACCCAGAGAGACGAAAGGCUGCUCCGUUUCCAGCGCCGCCAUCCAGAGCUCUGUCGCCGCGUACGAGGAGAUUUGCAGGAGGGAGAACCAGGCGGUGAAGCAAGCCGCCCUCGCCGACCUGGCCUAUGCAGAGCUCUGCCUGGGGAGCCACCUGAGAGCGCUCGCCGCCGCUACGGCGCUCCAGCGGCUGCCAUACUGCUCUAAGGCGUACGCCUUCCUCGGCCGCACGUACGCUGCCGAAGCCUUCUGCCGCCUGAACCUCCCCGGAGAGGCGUCGGAGCAGCUGUCGGUCUACGUCUCAGAACAGGGCUCCGUUCUCGGCUUGUCCUUCGGGGAGGACGACGUGGAGAAUUGGCCUUCCGAGAAGGCCGGCGAGGGCAGCGACGACUCGGGCGCCGCCGCCAAAGCCAGUGGUCGGUCGUUCCUCCGGCCGGAGGAAGCGCGCGCAGCGCUUUACGUCAACCUCGCUGCCCUGUCGGCCGUCCACGGUGAUCUGCAGCAGGCGGAGAAUUUCUCCGCCGAAGCCCUUUCGGCCGCGCCGACCAGCCCCCAAGCGCUGCUCACAGCCGUCUAUGUCGACCUCCGGCUGGGGAAGACCUCCGACGCCCUCCUCAAACUAAGACAGUCCAGGGGAAGUAGAUUCCUCCCUGACGCCAUUAAAGUCUGA